AUGACGUUGGAGAGGACUCGUAUCGUGACCCGGUUUUAUUCAUCCCGGUUCUUGAUCAACCUUUAUCUUCAAAUUGUUACCAUGUCAUUAGAAGACGUGGGAAGCAUUCAGGGUAACAAUUUUCGUGGCCUUUUCAUAGAAUCAUCGACUAGUGCCAAAGAGGAAGACAGAGUCCCACGCUGCUUUUGUUUCCGCUAUGUCCCUGAAGCAAAGCCACAACAAGUAGAUCCUUAUAACAUAUACCAGCAAUUCAAGAUCCAUCAACCAAAGUCUUAUUGUUACUCUUCAACUUCAGUUGCUCCUGAUGGGGUGCCACCGCGGUUCCUUAAAAGAAAAAACUGGAGGGUUGGGUACUCAACUUCCCAAGACUUUGGUCUAGUAGAUGAUGCAAAGGGAAUUAACACUAUGCUCCGUUCCAAGCUUCCUGGUGAUUUAAAUACAAGCGUUGUGGUAGGGAAAUGGUAUGUUCCUUUCAUAUUUGUGAAAGAAAGAGACGCAAAAGCUCAGAUAAAAAGAUCAACCUAUUACAGCAUGACUCUUAGUCAAAGUUGGGAAGAGGUUUUCGCAUGUGAAAAGGUUGAUUACGAGGGAGCAGGCGGAGUGGUUGUAGUUGAUGUUGAAGUAGAAUCAGAACUGGUGAAGCUUGAAGGGCAAGUUAUUGGACAAGAAACCAGAGGCGUGGAUGAAAAUGGGGUUGUGUGGUUCGAGAUUGCAGGCAAGAAGAUAGGUUUAAGAUCAAUGGUCGUGGAGAGGAUGAAAUGGGAAGAGGAGAGAUUUGGAUGGUCUAAGGAAACUGGUGACAUAAAGUCUAGCAUUAAGAGAUCAGAGAGAUUUGAAGGUGAUGCAAUGCUUUGGCAGAGUUAUAAAUGUUAUGUACUGGUAGAGAGCUUUGAAUUGAAGAGAAUGGAUGGGAGUUUUGUGCUGACAUUUGAGUUUAGACAUGUUGAUAAGUUAAAGAGCAAGUGGGAUUGA